AGAGUCGUAUGGAUUGUCAAACAAUUUGAACGAAUUAUUCGUUACUUUUAAACAAAUGUUUGUAUUAUUUGUCAGUUAUUUUGAACGUUAAAGUCAUUCACUGUUUAGCCAUACGUUGUGUUGAGUUAUUGUUUGCCACCGAUUGACUGAUCCAUUGAUUGACUAAAUAGUCGUCUUUUUUGGUUAAUUAUCAACUUUGAAGUUACAAAAGGAUGGCACCGGUCGUGACAAUGACUGGUCCGAAGACUCCUCACGGAAAGGAACAGUCAGUUGUGGAUGUAUUGCAAAAUAUCAAAGUUUUUGUCAGAUGUCGACCACUGAAGGCCAACGAAAAGAAGAAUGUAAUUGAAGUGAUUUCCGAUCGCAAAGAAGUGAGAAUCAAUGAAUCGAAGAACUCUAAUGAACGAUACAAUAGUAAGACAUUUACUUUUGACAAUGCAUUCAAUGCCGAUACGAGUCAAUUGCAUAUCUAUAAGUGUGUGGUCGAGCCGCUCAUCCAACAGGUGGUUAUGGGUUAUAAUUGUACUGUAUUUGCUUACGGACAGACAGGAACUGGUAAGACAUACACUAUGGAAGGUGAGCGCAGUCUUGAGGACAAUGUGUGUUCGUGGGCUGACGACCCACUCGCCGGUAUCAUUCCCAGAGCACUACACCAACUCUUCGAGACAUUGGCUGACGAAAAGUGUGAAUACACUGUUAGAGUGUCAUUCCUCGAGCUUUAUAAUGAAGAACUUUAUGAUCUUUUGAGUUCUAUUGACGACACGACCAAACUUAAGAUCUAUGAAGACUCAACCAGAAAGGGUUCUAUUAUUGUUGACGGACUCGAAGAUAUAACAGUUCAUUCAAAGGCUGAGAUUUACGAUAUUUUGCGCAAAGGUUCGGCUAAACGCCAAACAGCCGCUACUCUUAUGAAUGCGUGUUCCUCAAGAAGUCAUACUAUAUUUUCAGUGACGGUUCACAUCAAAGAGAGUGCCAUUGAUGGCGAAGAUUUGGUUAAAAUUGGAAAAUUGAAUUUAGUUGAUUUGGCCGGAAGUGAGAACAUUGGCCGCUCCGGUGCUAUUGAUAAGAGAGCCCGAGAGGCCGGUAAUAUCAAUCAGAGUUUGCUUACUCUCGGACGUGUUAUUACCUCUUUGGUAGACAGAUGUCCGCACAUUCCGUAUCGUGAAUCAAAACUGACACGUCUUUUACAAGAGUCACUCGGAGGCCGAACAAAGACUUCGAUUAUUGCGACAAUUAGUCCAAACAUAGCCGAUGCCGACGACACGCUAUCAACACUAGAGUACGCACAAAGAGCUAAGAAAAUUACUAAUAAACCUGAAAUUAAUCAGAAGAUGAGCAAAAAGACACUUCUCAGAGAAUAUACGGCAGAAAUUGAGAGAUUAAGACGUGAUUUGACGGCCGCGAGGGAUAAGAAUGGUAUUUAUGUUGACGAAGAAAAUUUCCUACAAAUGGAGCAACAAAUCAAAUGUCAACAGCAAGACAUUGAAGAGAAGAUCUCUCAAAUUAAUGCUCUCGAAGAAGAAAUGAAUAAAAUUCAGGAAUUAUUCGGUGACACUAAAAAUGAAUUGAAUAUCAAAGUAGAAGAACUUGAGAUUACAAAUAAAAAUUUAAUGAAAACUUCUCAACAAUUGAAUGAAACUAAAGGAAAUUUGCGUCAAACACGACGUGAUAGAGACGAACAAAAACAUUUGGUUGAAGUGCACGUAAAUUCAGAGAAAUUGCUUACAACUCAAGCAAAACAAUUGCUUGAUGUCACCGAACAAACCACUUGUGAUGUCAAUAAACUACACAAUAAAGUGGACCGACAGAAGACAGUCGAAACCAAGAACUUCAGUAAAGCAAAUGAAUUUCAGGCUAAGUUUUUAGAUGAUAUGAAUCUAUUGGAAGAAUUGGUAUCCAUUACUACGACUUCAUAUAACGAUUCACUCGAAGAAAUGCUGACUUCAAUCAAUGAGAAGACGAAUACGGCUCAAGAUAUUGUGACCGAUACUCAUAGCAAAGUUACAGCACUGACCAACUCAAUGACUGAACACAAAUCUCGGUUGUCAUCGAUUUUCUUAAAAGAUAGGAUUACUUUGGAACAAGUGAUUGGUUUGAAAGAUACCAAUUUUAAUCUUAAGGAAUUAAGUAUUCAAUCAUUUGAUGCCAUUUUAAGAGAUGUGAUGAAACACCAGAGCAAUAUUUCUGAAGACAUCGACAAACUUAAUGAAAUUUUUGCAAAUCAGAGACAAAAAGUAGAAGACGUGUUGAUGAAACAAAAUUCACAUCUGAAGAGUAUUUCUAAGAUUACAAUCGACUCAUUCAACAGAAUGAAAGUCGAUUUGAAGAGUGUUUUUGAAUCUCUCAAUAAUGAAAUGAAUAGUAUUGUAUCACAAAUGGAGAGUUCAAAUGAUGAGAAUAUCAAAUCACACGAACAACUCGAUAAAGACUUUGAAGAGAUGGAGAAACUUAUUAACAGUCAAAUGCAGACAAUGAAAGAAAUACAAAUCAAACGCAUUGCCGCUCGCCUUAAAAGUACAGAAUCUGUCUCUGAUUUGAAGAAUAAAAUGACAGAAACGAGUAAAAAUCAAUGGAAUUCUUUGCAAGAAAUCAAUAAUAAAGUGGAUGUCUUUGUUUCGGAAAUUAAUUGCGAAGAAAGUGUUGGUCUUAAGUAUAUUGAAAGUAUCGAUAAUUUGAAUACUAUUAAUACUCAAGAAAUAAUGGAUAAAACAAGUGAAAUGAGUGUCAAAAAUACUGAAAUUCCAAAUCAGAUUCAGGAAUUAAUAAAUAAUGACAAACAAAAGAUCAUAAAGACUGGUACAGUUAUGGAUCAGCUUAUUGGUGAUACUAUUGUCAGCACUGAUAAGCAAUUGACGGCUAAAGAGACGCUACUUAGAGCUAUGUCAGAGAAAUUAAACGAAGGACUGGACGAACAAAAUAAUGGAUUAUUGAGUAUUACAGACAACAUAAAGAAUAUCUCGGAAUGCGUUUCGGAUAAGAUAUCAGAAAUGUGUCGAAUGUCACAAACUAUGGAAAAAUCGCAAAUCAGAGAAAUUGAAAACAGAAACAGAACUUUUGAAGCCUUCUUUAAGAAUGACUUAGUCAAAGACGUACCAACCGGAACAACACCACAGAAGACUGAGUACUCUUAUCCAAGAGAUUUGACUCAGACGUCACCACACGAGAGAAUAUUAGAGCGCUUCAGACUUAUCAAUGCUGACAAUACAUCUUUUGUUGAAGAAAGUGAAUCGGAAGUAGUGUCCGAUGCAAACAAUUCAAACACUUCAUCAAAGAGUUUUGACUCAAAUGAUGAAAAUGUUAAACCAUUAAAUACCAGCAAUCAAUCGAAAUCAUCUAAAGUAUCAAAAAACAGAUCCAAUUCAAGUCUUAAGGCAAAGUCUGAUACGAAUCAAACUUUUAUUUUGGACAAUGAUUUCUCUAAGAAAAAUGCGACACCAAAACCAUUGAGUGUCAAUCGAAACAAUUAAUUUUAAUAUUUUAAUGUAAAUACAGUAUUUUAAUAAUAGCACUACUUUUAUCUUAAUGUUUGUCUUAAUUUUAUUGCAACUUAGAAAUUGAUGUAUUAAUAGUACUUAAGUAUUGUAUAACAAAAUUUUUUGGCACAAUAUAUAUAUAUAU